AUGGACGCCAAAAGUACAACUGCUGCAGAGCAUGAAUCCUGGGCUUGCGUGCCGGUGCCCAAGGCAGGCUGCUGCCACAGCAGUGAUGUGGGUGUAGAGCUGGUGUUCAGGAGCGUCUCUGGUCUGACAUUGCCCCGGGGCACCAACACAGCUACCCGAAAGCUGCGGGAAACACGUGGACUAACUGGCAAGCACCCGGAGACAGGCAGCAAGAAGGGAGGCCCGCAAGCUCAGGGGGCGCAGGAAUACAGUUGUGAAUAUGGCUCGCUCAAGUUUUAUGCGCUCUGUGGCGUUGGUGGGGUCCUAAGUUGUGGCCUGACACACACUGCUGUUGUACCUCUGGAUUUAGUGAAAUGUCGUAUGCAGGUUGAUCCACAAAAAUACAAGAGCAUCUUCAAUGGAUUUUCAGUGACGGUCAAAGAAGAUGGCGUUCGUGGCUUGGCUAAGGGAUGGGCUCCAACCUUUAUUGGAUAUUCCAUGCAGGGGCUUUGUAAAUUUGGUUUCUAUGAAGUUUUCAAAAUCCUAUAUGGCAACAUGCUGGGAGAGGAAAACGCGUAUUUGUGGCGUACUUCGCUAUAUUUAGCUGCAUCUGCCAGUGCGGAGUUUUUUGCUGACAUUGCUCUGGCUCCAAUGGAAGCUGCUAAAGUUCGCAUUCAGACUCAGCCUGGGUAUGCUAACACUCUGCGGGAGGCUGUACCUAAAAUGUUUGGAGAAGAAGGCAUCUGGGCUUUCUAUAAGGGUGUUGCUCCACUGUGGAUGAGACAGAUUCCAUACACAAUGAUGAAAUUUGCCUGCUUUGAACGUACUGUUGAAGCUCUCUACAAGUACGUCGUUCCCAAGCCACGAAGUGAAUGUACAAAAGGAGAACAGCUGGUAGUCACAUUUGUUGCAGGCUAUAUUGCUGGUGUGUUCUGUGCAAUUGUUUCCCAUCCUGCUGACUCCGUGGUGUCUGUGUUGAACAAAGAAAAAGGCAGUUCUGCUUCACAGGUUCUUAUGAGGCUUGGAUUCAAAGGUGUAUGGAAAGGUCUGUUUGCUCGUAUUAUUAUGAUUGGUACGCUGACUGCACUACAGUGGUUCAUCUACGAUUCUGUGAAGGUUUAUUUCAGACUUCCUCGUCCACCUCCACCUGAAAUGCCAGAAUCUCUGAAGAAGAAGCUUGGUCUAACUGAAUAGACAACUCAUGGACUGACUAUGCUGGCUGUCCCAGUGAUGAGUUUCAUGAAACUUUUAUAUAUUUGACUAUGUAGAAAACAAACUCUAUAUGAUGUCAUUAUUGGCUGUGCCCUCAUCGCAUAUGAGGGUUUAAAUUCUGCCACUGUCAUUGCCUGAAAUAAAUGAGAAACAGAGUGCU